AAAUCGCUACAUAUAUUAUCUCCGCCUCCAUUUCGACGAGGAGAGGAUUUUCCAAGAGAUCGCCGUAAUCUAAAGCUCUUAAAACCCUAGAACGCGCCGCCAUGAUUUACGACGUGAAUUCCCCCCUCUUCCGCUCGUUCCUCAGCCAGAAGGGCGGGCCCUCCGACAAGAGGAAAUCUGAAGAACAAAGGCCAAAGGAGCAGAAGCCAAAAGCAAGUGAGAACAAACCCGUGAUGAAUGAAUGAGACUAUUUUGAGAAAUGCUUGAGUAAGGCUUUGAAUUUCCCGCAGACUUGCGAGUAAUCUGUUUGGGUGAUGAACUAUAGAUUUGUUAACCGUUUGCUGUAACUUCUGUUAACGCUUUAUGCUGUUGUUUUAGUUGAAACCAAUGGACCACCCUAUGAUGCUUUAGGGCAUUGUUUCAGCGCUUUAA